UGUUUUCUUUUGGAGAGUAUUGAGUUCAAAUUUGUUUUGUUUAUACAUUUUUGAAUUGUUGAUUUUGAAAUGUUUAAUUUUUAGUCAUUAGCUGCAAAUUCAUGUGUCGUCCGGUAAUUUAUGGACGCUACGCAUUUUGACGAUAUUAUGAUUAUUAUAGGCUACGGUAAAGCGAAUUUACUUCUUUUACUCACCUGUGGGCUGCUGCUCAUGUUCACAAUUACCGAGACAAUGGGCAUGGCUAUCAUAGCACCGAAGAGUACGUGCGAAUUCGAAAGUACAGAACAAGCGAAAGCGGCAAUACAAGCGGCAGCUUUUACUGGUAUGAUAAUCUCUUCAUAUAUUUGGGGUUAUUUGUGUGACAAAAUCGGAAGGCGAGCAGUGCUUUUGCGUAGCACUGCAUUGGCUUUGGUCUGCUCUUUUUCAUCCAUGUUGAUUACAAACUUUUGGCUUUUUCUGACCUUACGCUUUAUGACAGGCAUUUGUGUGGCUGGUCCUGGUUUCGCGUCGCUCACAUAUCUCGGAGAAUUCUGCACACCAAGAAAUCGCGCUUCUAUCAUAAACUAUAUGUGCAUGUUUACCGGCAUCGCUAUGGUCUAUUGUCCAGGCCUUUCCCAGUUUUUGGUGCAUUGGAAGUUUUGUAUACCCAUUAUCGGUAAUUUGUUAAUGUGCUCAUGGCGCAUACUUGGGUUGCUAUUCGCAGUUCCGGGAUGGAUCAGCUUCUUUCUGCUAUUGCAUCUACCAGAAAGUCCGAAAUUUCUACUAUUGGUAAAUAAAAACGAAGAAUGCACCGAAGUGUUAAAUUGGAUGUGUCGUAUCAACAACAAUGGCAAGACUUUAGAGGAUUUUGGAAUUUAUAAUAUGAAGCCAUUAUUAAAAUCUGGAAUUGGACCAGAACCAAACCUGAUUCGUGCAAUGGGCAAGGAGGUUGUACCUUUAUUCCGAAAUCCCUAUGUGAAACGAUUCUUGGUUAGCUGUGUGGUUAUGUUCGGACUGUUGCUCGUUGCCAAUGGUGUUGCAAUCUGGUUCACGGAUAUAAGAAAUCAUUCUCAUACAUGGGAACUUGAGAAGAAAAAUAAAAGCGACGAUUUGGAUAUUUCAAUUUGCGAAGCGGUUAGCUAUAAUAAGAGAGUAGCCAAAGAGACAAAGGUAUGCAGUGACGACAUUUUGGCUUUUUGGGAUUCAAUUUUUCUGGGCGUUUCAUAUCUGAUUGAAUAUAUCUUCUUUGGCUUACUGUUGUUGGCCUUGCCAAGGAAGCCCAUAUUUUGCAUAUCAUUGUUGAUAUCUGGUAUUAGUGGCCUGUGUCUCCCAUUUAUGACCAGUUCAUCUCUAAUACCUCCCACCUUUAUCGCCUUCCUUUCAAUACCGGCAGUAAUGACGAACUUAAUGAAUAGCGCAGUUCUCGAAUUCAUACCUACUUAUAUAAGAGGUAAAGCGGUAUGUAUUUGCUUGAUGUUUGGUCGCUUUGGCGCCGUUUUUGGUACUACCAUUAUGGCUCACCUAAUUGAGCCCUUUUGUUUUGAAGCCUUCAUUCUGUUCUCGUGUUUUCCCUUUAUUUGUGCGAUAUGCGUCCUAGGUCCUGCCACAAUAAUGUCGCCACAUAAUACUUACUGUGAUACAAAACUGCCAAUCGAAUUGGAUUGCAGCGCAAAUUCAACACCAAAUGUGGAAAGCGUCGAAAAUGCACCAAGUGCGCCGAAUACCAAAGGAAGCGCUGUGCCAGGUGCUUCGCAGGACACACAACCUCUGCAGCAUGAUUACGACACUGUGCUCGAUUUGAUAGGAUUUGGUUGCGCGCAAUGGGUGCUGCUGAUCACCAGCGGCUUGCUCUUGAUGACGGUCAUCAACGAGACAAUGGGCAUGAGCAUCAUAACGAUCGCCUCACAGUGUGAUUUCGCCUCAACAUCGGUGGAUAAGGCCAUCAUGAGCGCCGCUUCAUUUGCGGGAAUAGCGUUGUUUUCAUACAUUUGGGGCUACCUAAGUGACACCAUAGGACGUCGGCGUGUAUUGGUCUAUGCAACUUUCGGCAGUUGUCUGUUCUCGGUUAUAUCUAUGUUCAUGCCCAAUUUUUGGCUUUAUGUAUUCAUGCGCUUCAUGGUUGGCAGUUGUAUUGCCGGUCCUUCCUCCACGACAUAUGCUUUCUUGGGUGAAUUUCAUGCGCGACGUCACUGUGCGUUAAUAAUGAAUUAUGCCAGUUUAUUUGUGGGCGUUGGGAUGACAUAUGUGCCGGCAAUCGGUUGGCUGGUUCUGUCUAUGGAUUGGUCACUUCAGCUGAGCGAUAGCUUUGCGUUUCGUCCAUGGCGUCUUCUGAUGGUCUUCAAUCUGUUGCCGGGCCUUAUAGCUGGCUUAAUACUAUUAGUGCUACCGGAGAGUCCGAAGCUACUUUUAUCUGUGCAUAAAGACGAAGAAGCCAUAGCCGCUGUAAACUGGAUUUGUAAACGCAAUACUGGGAAAGAUUUGGAGCAGUUUGGGGUUAAGAAGAUAAAGGCCGAAAACACGAUGGCAGAUAAGGUGCACAUUACGAGCAAGUCGUGCUUUGAGACAGUGAAGCACAUCUGGCAGGAGACACGCCCAUUACUACAACGCCCAUACGUUCUAAAUUUCUUGGUGUGCUGUGUAAUUAUGUGCGGUCUAUUUUUCAGCUCUAGCGGCAUGGGUCUGUGGUUUACGGAAAUUCAAAAUAGAGUUAGCAUGAGUACGUCUGAGAAUCAAGUAACAAUUUGCAAUAUUAUUGCUGACACAUUUCAAGAUAAAGUAGAUCUUACAAAUUCUACGAAGAUUUGCGUCGAUGAAAUUAGCACUAAAAGCUAUAUUGACUCAAUUUCCUUGGGUUUGUGCUUUGUGGUGGGCUAUCUUCUAAUCGGCGGUGUCAUAAAAUUAUUCGGACGCAAAGCAACAAUCAUCGGUUCGAUGUUCCUCAGUACGGCCUGCUGUGUCGCAUUGUUUUGGCUACUCGAUCCGAUUGCGAUCGUCGUAUGCUUUAUUGUAUUCCUGACAAUGCCCGGCCUUUGUAUCUCCAUGCUGGGCAGUGGUGUGGUGGAUCUAGUGCCGACCCAUUUACGAGGUAAAGCGGUUUGCAUUUGUUUAUUGCUCGGUCGCACAGGCAGCAUUUUUGGUAGCAACCUGAUCGGCGUGUUGCUGGAGUCCUCUUGCGAAUUGACCUUUGGCCUUUUCACUGCGUGUGUAUUGAUUUGCAUGCUGCUCACAGUGACCCUGCCCAUUUGAGCGCACUAAACGGGCUAAACGAUUACCAAUUAAACCGCGUGAUGUGGGCGUAGCGGAACACACGGCACCGCUAAUGCAAUCUGAAUUUCUACUCUAAUAGAAUAUU